UUUUUUAAGCAGAACGGAUCUCGCCACUUAAUGAAAUCCGUUGCAUCUUCACGUUUUAGAAACAUAUCAUUUAUACAAUUUGAACAAACGGGCAUGUAAGAUAUUAGUGUAACGAUAUCCCUGAUUAUUUUGGGUCGAGCCGAGGAGGACUUUGAGAAAAAGUGGUCCAAAGUAGCGGAGGGACAAACGGACAUUCAAGCCUUAAGAUGAGAAAGGGGGGUGUCCCAGAAAAAGUCCUAAUUUCAGGGGUCGGGGGCUCCUCCAUGGACCAAAAACAAACGGUUCUGACCCGGUACAGCAAUGCGACAUAUUAUCAGAUCUUAACACCUCCGCCCUGCCCGAACCAGACUAACAAUGUCGGUGUCGUAGACCCGACCGUGAGUCAGCUUUACACUACACCCAUCGGGGUGUCUACAAACGGGACAGGACCGCGACCAGCCCUCGGAAGACCCCCGGUAAUUCAUAACGCGAUGGCUCUUUUGGCAUACAAUAUUAAAUGCAGUCACAUUAAUGCAAGGUGACCAGUUAGCAAACAACUGUGCAUUAGGUUCGCUAACUAGUGAGAACUAGCUAGUGACUAAUCCUAGCGAUUUGAGUAACGUUAGCUAUUUAGCUACUAUUGCUAACUAACGUUAGUAGUAUAACUUACAGUGCUAGCUUUUUAGCUUAAUACAGUACUGUUUUAUUGCACAUGUCACACGUUGACUCUUUCUGCAUGUAGUUUUUUUUACGUUAGUUAUGUUUUUGUGAUGCAGCACUUGUAACUUUUCCCACAUGAGAUGUCCCUUUUGACAGUGGAUUUAUAAGGGUUAUCGAAGAGCCCUAGCUAGCUAACGUUAGGUUUAGAUCCCUAGAGAGUAAGUAUACACGCGAUGGUUGGAUAGCCAACACAGCUAGCUAGAUAAGUAUGGGCUUGUUUGACACGCUAACGACACUUUAAAUCAAUCCACCUCGUUGUUUUUCGAUAUCCAGCAGCAGGCAUAUUACUAAAGUUUUGACCUGCAGAAAUGAUAUCGUAAGAAUAACCCCCAAUCAAUCAUAAAAAAAAUAAAAGAAAUCGGCAAACAAAAACGUGUCUUUAUUUAUGGUACCUAGCUAGUAAAUGACCAUGGGCUAGCUAAAGCAUGUUUUUUUUUAAACCACCAGAAAGAAGCUAGGCCGUAAACGACGCUUGGAGGGGGAUGGGGUGAAUCUACUCCCAAUGUUAUACCGUGGGACACAAGCUUCUUACUCAGCUUGUUGGUUGUGUUUCCCCCAUUUUGUAAUCCUUCGGUCCAGGUGCUCAAAAGAGCGCUUGUGGGAUCAAACUUAAAUUAUUUACCAUAGUCCCCUCGUUGUCAUAAAACUGAAAGUACACGAACUAUCUUCCACGUCUGUGACGUAGCUAGAUGGCUAUUAUACUAUUAUUAGCUAGAUGGGUAUUAUUUGCUAGCCAACAUGGAGUCAUACCAUGAAGAAGUCUUAACACAUUUCAGAUUUGUUGUGAUAUUCUGAAAGUUUGAUAUCUUGGAAGCAUGCACAUGCAAGCUACAUGCCACAAACAGCCCAUUUUUGAGUUGUGAACUCGCACUGAAAAAUAAUUUCUGCAAACGCAUUGAGGUGGGUAGGUGACUGACUCCAACCGAAACAUACUUGACCACAGUUCAAAGAAUCAAGCAACUUGCAACAUUCAUGACAACCAAUGUACCUAUGUAAAGGAAACAAAUCAUCAAUGUGGAUGGAGAGGUGCUAUAGCCAAUAAUGCUCUAUAGACCUGCCAGCUUUUCUCCUUCUGAGGUAAAUAUGACCACUAGGUUUAACUGUGUCCACCAGUAUCCUGAUUAUUCGGGAUACUCAAGUAUUAUGUUUCUCAGUUGACGCGUAUAAGCAUCCUAUCCCGUUUUAUAAGAAACCUGGAUAAGAUGCCUGGGAAAUGCUGAUCUAAGACUGGAUACUGUGGCAUGUAAACCUCUCGUUUUUUCGGCUUUCUGCGCAGGCUCAGUUUAGCAAAUCAUGGGUGUUGUGAUGUUUUCAUCUGAUUGUCAAACAAAUCAUUUCAAAAAGUAGGCUACCCACACAGUUCGAUCCACCAUAAUGAAUUUAGUCUACCGUAAUGAAUUUAGUCUACUGUAAUGAAUUUACUAGCUACUUUCAUCCCUAAUUUAGACAAUGUUCUGCUUAUAAUUUCCAACAUUUGGUAGGCCGUUUGUUUGUCAACUAUAGAUACAUGCGGCUUCUCUUCUGUCAUAACUUGUUGCCCCGUGAGACGAAAUAAAGUAGUGCUCAACAGAAUGUCUUACACGGAUAUAAUUAAUGCAUUAGUAAUCUAUACUGAACAAAAAUAUAAACGCAACCGUUUUACUGAGUUACAGUUCAUAAUAGGAAAUCAGUCAGUUGAAAUGAAUGAAUUAGGCCCAAAUUUAUGGAUUUCACAUGACUGGGCAGGGGUGCAGCUAUGGGUGGGCCUGGCAGGGCAUAGGCCCACCCACUUGGCAGCCAGGCCCAGCCAAUCAGAAUGAGUUUUAUCCACACAAAAGGGCUUUAUUACAGACAUAAAUACCCCCCCCCCCCACCCCCGACGAUCCCGCAGGUGAAGAAGCCAGAUCUGGAGGUCCUAUGCUAGUGUUACACGUGGUCUGCGGUUGUGAGGCCGGUUGGAUGUACUGCCAAAUUCUCUAAAACGACAUUGGAGACAGCUUAUGGUAGAGAAGUGAAUCUAAAUCUAAGUGAACAUUCAAUUCUCUGGCAACGGCUCUGGUGGACAUUCCUGCAGUCAGCAUGCCAAUUGUAUGCUCCCUCAACUUCAACUGUCACUGGCAUUGCGUUGUGACAAAACUGCACAUUUUAAAGUGGCCUUUUAUUGUCCACAGCACAAGGUGCACCUGUAAUGAUCGUGCUGUUUAAUCAGCUUCUUGAUAUGGCACAUCUGUCAGGUGGAUGGGUUAUCUUGGCUUCCGGAGAAAUGCUCACUAACAGCGAUGUAAACAAAUUUGUGCACGACAUUUGAGAGAUGCUCUUUUUGUGCGACUGGAACAUUUUGGAUUUGUUUUAUAUCAGCUCAGGAAACAUGGGACCAACACUUAACAUGUUGUGUUGAUAUUUUUGUUCAGUGUAUUUAACACUGGUAAAGUUCUCUGUUUCUAUUAGGGACCGGGGAUAAACACACUAACUCCAAAACAAAAAGAUCAUUAGGGACCGGGGAGAAACACAAUAACUCCAAAACAAAAAGAUCGGUCCUGUGCAAAAUGUCCAAAUGUCAUCAGUUUGACCGGUUUUAAUGAAAUUAAAAGCUGAGAAACACAAAGACUUCAGUUCGUCUUGGGUGCAUAUUUUGUGUUUUGAAAUACUGUCUGCUUGCGUAAGUGUCAAAUAUAACACAUUACAAGCGCCUUCACAUUUUCUCGAGAUGCUGAAAGAAAUCAAAUUUCUCCGCUUCUGUUCCCGAAACAAUUAAACAUUUGUUGUAUAAUUUCACUGCAUAAUACUACACAAGUGCAUAUGAUAUUAUGCUACAUGUGAGAGGUUAUAAGCCUACAGUCAGUGUCCAUAUUUCAGUUAAUAUUCCAUUUAACCCAUGUGAACUUAAAUGAGGAAUAUUCUGUUUAUUCAUGGAACAGGGAUACUCAUGAGCGGGAUAUCAAAGGUGCAUGUAAACAGCUUAUCCUGAAUAAGACCUUAAGUGGGAUAUGAGCUACUAUCUGGAAUACUGUAUGCAUGUGAACGUGGUCAUUGUCUCAGGUGGUGGGAUCAUCGUAUUUCAAGCUACACUUCAAAUCACCUAAUUUGAUUCCUGGGCAUGUGAUUUUAUUUGCCCUCAAGUGUUUUUUUUAGACUUAUCUGGCAUGUCUUGUUGACAGUUUGACAAGAACACGUGGUAGCUCACUAGCUUGCUAAUUGUUUUCAAAAAAUGAUUGAAUGUGCUAGCAAGCUAAACAGCUAGCUAGCUAGCUAGUUGAGGCCGUUUGGGCUGGAAAGGAAGUGGAGGGGGAAUCGAUGGGACAGCCAAGGAAAAACAAAGACAGCCUGAAACAACAGGCUCUCUUCAACAGCCCACAACACCUGCUUCUCUGAAUGGUCAGUCACUCCAUUGGAGCCGCUCCUCUGAAUGGUCAGUCACUCCAUUGGAGCCGCUUCUCUGAAUGGUCAGUCACUCCAUUGGAGCCGCUUCUCUGAAUGGUCAGUCACUCCAUUGGAGCCGCUUCUCUGAAUGGUCAGUCACUCCAUUGGAGCCGCUCCUCUGAAUGGUCAGUCACUCCAUUGGAGCCGCUUCUCUGAAUGGUCAGUCACUCCAUUGGAGCCGCUUCUCUGAAUGGUCAGUCACUCCAUUGGAGCCGCUUCUCUGAAUGGUCAGUCACUCCAUUGGAGCCGCUCCUCUGAAUGGUCAGUCACUCCAUUGGAGCCGCUCCUCUGAAUGGUCAGUCACUCCAUUGGAGCCGCUUCUCUGAAUGGUCAGUCACUCCAUUGGAGCCGCUUCUCUGAAUGGUCAGUCACUCCAUUGGAGCCGCUCCUCUGAAUGGUCAGUCACUCCGUUGGAGCCGCUCCUCUGCUACUGGUCCUCCAUUGACAGGAAUGUAGCCCCUUCCUGGGUGAUGCCACGGCUGCUGAAAAGAGGGUCUUGGUGUAAUACUUCCAAACAAAUUGAACAAAAACCUGCAUUAUUUAAAUCCAAACAGCUAGCUGUCAAGCCAUAACUUUGCAUAACAGGUGCAGACAUUACAGUGAAAUGCUUACUUACAGCCCUUAACCAACAGUUAAGGGCUGUAAGUAAGCAUUUCAUUGUAAUGUCUGCACCUGUUGUAUUCGGCGCAUGUGACCAAUAAAAUUUGAUUUGAUUUGAUCACUAUCCUGCAACUCAGAGUCAAGACCACAAGAUAUAGUGAUAAAAAAAAACGGAAGACAAAAAAAACCCCACUUUCCAAAUAUUUUAAAUGUAAACUAUUUACAGGUCUCUGCCUAGGCCAACUUCAGGAAGACGAUGUGUGCUGUGACCCUUGACCCUUGAGGACUGGUUAUUUUCCAUCUGAAGUGAUCCAGAUUUUCAACUUUGUAUAACUCUUCUGUCUCAGGCGAAGCGUCGGUUGGAGCUGGAAGAACGGGACCAGUACACCAGUGAGACUAUCAGUAAACCCAGAGCUAAGAGAACCACCACACACUCCCUCAGAAGAACCAAGAGUAAGACUCACUGGGGGAGGGGGGACAGUAUGGGGGGUAGUUUAGUUACCAUGCUAAGUGAUGUUACAUUUUUGUCAUCAAGCAGAAACUGUUAUCCAGAGUGAAUUACAGCUCAGCAUUGCUUAUCCAGGACGACUUACAGUAACCUCGCGAGCUUACAUGAAUGGUUCGCUAACUGAUAGUGCAGCGGUAAUCAGUCUGGUAUAUGAGGCUAGACUAACUGUGCAUUUAGCUCAGUUUAGUAGAAAAAACAACCACCUCUCUUAUCUUAAUAAUCUCUAGUAGCCCCCUCUCAUUUGGGCUUACUGAAACCCUCCACUAACUCUGGUAGUCUACUGAAACCCUCCACUAACUCUAGUAGUCUACUGAAACCCUCCACUAACUCUAGUAGUCUACUGAAACCCUCCACUAACUCUAGUAGUCUACUGAAACCCUCCACUAACUCUAGUAGUCUACUGAAACCCUCCACUAACUCCAGUAGUCUACUGAAACCCUCCACUAACUCUAGUAGUCUACUGAAACCCUCCACUAACUCUAGUAGUCUACUGAAACCCUCCACUAACUCCAGUAGUCUACUGAAACCCUCCACUAACUCUGGUAGUCUACUGAAACCCUCCACUAACUCUAGUAGUCUACUGAAACCCUCCACUAACUCUGGUAGUCUACUGAAAACCCUCCACUAACUCUAGUAGUCUACUGAAACCCUCCACUAACUCCAGUAGUCUACUGAAACCCUCCACUAACUCAGUAGUCUACUGAAACCCUCCACUAACUCCAGUAGUCUACUGAAACCCUCCACUAACUCUAGUAGUCUACUGAAACCCUCCACUAAAAACCCUCCAGUAGCUCUAGUACGAACCCUCCCUCUCUUGGGUUACUGAAACCCUCCACAUAAGCCCUCCAUUGGGCCGACUGAAACCCUCCACUACUCUAGUAGCCUUCUUGGCGACUGAAACCUCCACUAACUCUAGUAGCCCUCUAUCUGGGUACUAAACCCUCCACUAACUCUAGCCCUUCAUUGGGCUUACUGAAACCCUCCACUAACUCUAGUAGCCUCUCAUGGGUACUGAAACCCUCCACUAACUCUAGUAGCCCUUAUUGGCUUUCUGAAACCCUCCACUAACUCUAGUAGCCUCUCAUUGGCUUGAAACCCUCCACUAACUCUAGUAGCCCUCCAUUUGGCUUACUGAAACCUCCUAACUCUAGUAGCCCCCUCACAUGGGUUUGAAACCUCCAUAACUUAGUAGUCUAUGAACCCUCCACUAACCUAGUGUGUACUGAAACCUCACAAAUCUAGUAGUCUACUGAACCUCCCGAACUUAGUAGUUAUGAAACUCACAACUUGUAGUCUACUGAAACCCACUAACUCUAGUAGCCCCCUCUCAUUUGGGCCGACUGAAACCCUCCACUAACUCUAGUAGCCCCCUCUCAUUUGGGCUUACUGAAACCCUCCACUAACUCUGGUAGUCUACUGAAACCCUCCACUAACUCUAGUAGUCUACUGAAACCAUCCACUAACUCUAGUAGUCUACUGAAACCCUCCACUAACUCUAGUAGUCUACUGAAACCCUCCACUAACUCUAGUAGCCCCUCUCAUUUGGGCUUACUGAAACCCUCCACUAACUCUAGUAGUCUACUGAAACCAUCCACUAACUCUAGUAGUCUACUGAAACCGUCCACUAACUCUAGUAGUCUACUGAAACCAUCCACUAACUCUAGUAGUCUACUGAAACCGUCCACUAACUCUAGUAGUCUACUGAAACCCUCCACUAAAAUCUAGUAGUCUACUGAAACCCUCCACUAACUCUAGUAGUUACUGAAACCCUCCACUAACUCUAGUAGUCUACUGAAGUCUACUGAAACCCCCACUACUCUAGUAGUCCCUGAAACAUCCACUGAACUCGGUUAACACAGGGUUUAACCAAACUUGGUCCUAGGGCCUCCCUGGGUGCAUGUUUUGGUUUUUGUCCUAACACUACAAUAAUCAAAGCUUGAUGAUGAGUUGGUUAUUUGAAUCAGCUGUGUAGUGCUAGGGCAAAAACCAAAACGUGCACCCGGGGAGGGAGGGGGGGGGGGGGGCCAGGACCGAUUUUGGGAAACCCUGUGUUAACUAACCCAUUGCCUCUCCCUCAUAUCCUGUCUGUUAACUAACCCAUCUCAUCUCCCCUCCCUCCAGCUCCUAUCUGUUAACUAACCCAUCACCUCUCCCCUCCAUCCAGCUCCUGUCUGUUAACUAACCCAUCUCCUCUCCCUCCAGCUCCUGUCUGUUAACUAACCCAUCUCCUCUCCCUCCAGCUCCUGUCUGUUAACUAACCCAUCUCCUCUCCCUCCAGCUCCUGUCUGUUAACUAACCCAUCUCCUCUCCCCUCCCUCCAGCUCCUGUCUGUUAACUAACCCAUCUCCUCUCCCCUCCCUCCAGCUCCUGUCUGUUAACUAACCCAUCUCCUCUCCCCCUCCCUCCAGCUCCUGUCUGUUAACUAACCCAUCUCCUCUCCCCCUCCGUCCAGCUCCUGUCUGUUAAACUAACCCAUCUCCUCUCUCCCCUCCCUCCAGCUCCUGUCUGUUAACUAACCCAUCUCCUCUCCCCUCCCUCUAGCUCCUGUCUGUUCACUAACCCAUCUCCUCUCCCUCCAGCUCCUGUCUGUUAACUAACCCAUAACCUCUCCCCUCCCUCCAGCUCCUGUCUGUUAACUAACCGAUCUCCUCUCCCCUCCCUCCAGCUCCUGUCUGUUAACUAACCCAUCCCCUCUCCCCUCCCUCCAGCUCCUGUCUGUUAACUAACCCAUCUCCUCUCCCCUCCCUCCAGCUCCUGUCUGUUAACUAACCCAUCUCUCUCCCCUCCCUCCAGCUCCUGUCUGUUAACUAACCCAUCUCCUCUCCCCUCCCUCCAGCUCCUGUCUGUUAACUAACCCUUCUCCUCUCCCCCUCCCUCCAGCUCCUGUCUGUUAACUAACCCAUCCCCUCUCCCCUCCCUCCAGCUCCUGUCUGUUAACUAACCCAUCUCCUUUCCCCUCCCUCCAGCUCCUCCCUCCCCGUUAGAGAAGACCAGGUAUGACACCUCUCUGGGCCUCCUGACCCAGAAGUUUCUCCAGCUGCUGGGCCAGUCCAGUGACGGGGUGGUGGAUCUCAACCGGGCUGCGGAGUCCCUCAAGGUCCAGAAGAGACGCCUCUAUGACAUCACCAACGUACUGGAGGGGGUGCAUCUCAUCAAGAAGAAGUCCAAGAAUAACAUCCAGUGGAUGUGAGUAGGGGGGGGGGGGGGGGUCUGUGUACGACCAAGUUGUAUUGCACUGGCCUGGUUAGAAAUGCACCAUAGUUGCUGGAACAGUGCUGUAAAGGACAAUAUCCGAGCCGUUAAGAUUGGAGUCGGCACGGCAGUGCGACGGGUGUAACGUGUGUGAAAGAAUGUGUGCGUGGAAUGUGUGUUCUCUCCCAUUUGAGUGUUAAAUGUGUUCUCUCGUGUGUGUUUAAACAUGUGUUCUCUCGUGUGUGUUUAAACAUGUGUUCUCCUCCUGUGUGUUUAAACAUGUGUUCUCCUCCUGUGUUCUCCUCCUGUGUGUUUAAACGUGCCGUUCUCUGUGCAGGGGCUGUAGCCUGUCUCCAGAGGGAGUGGCCAGUGUCCAGACCCCUGGGUCUGUGGGUAAAGAGCUGCUGGAGUUGACCCAAGAGGAGAAGAGACUGGAUGAACUCAUACACUCCUGCACACUCAUCGUCCAACAGAUGACUGAAGACACACCCACAAGGAAAUAGCCUUCCUUUACAACCCUGCUGUGUGGAUGUAAUGGUGUGUGUGUGGAUGUAAUGGUGUGUGUGUGUGUGUGUGUGCUCUUGUCCUGUGUGUGAAUCGGUUUGUGUUUACAUUUUAAUUUUUUUUUUUUUAUCAGCACACUUGUGUUUUAAGUGUGUUUUUGUCCUGUGUGUGUUCUUGUCCAGAGUGUGUGACUACUCUUUCCUUAACCUCUGGGUACGUUUGCGUACAUAUCGUAUGAUGACGUGAAAAGGAUUCCUAGUCUGAAUGACCAGACAGUCAUCAUGGUCAAAGCCCCCGCUGAAACCAGACUGGAGGUGCCAGACCCUGCUGAGGUACACACACACACACACACACACACACACACACACACACACACACACACAGACACACACACCCCCACCCACCCACACACACACCACACACACACACACACAUACACACACACAGACACACACACAGACACAGACACACACACACACACACACACACACCAUAAAUAGAGACCAAGCCGUGAUCGUGGUCACACUUCCUCUAGUGUCCAGUCCCUGCAGACAGUUAUUGAUUGGCUGAUUCUGCAGACAGUUAUUGAUUGGCUAAUUUGACAUACUAUUGUAUAUAUAUAUAUAGUGCAUGUGGACAGCCUUUCAAAUUAGUGGAUUCUAUUUCAGCCGCAUCCGUUGCUGACAGGUGUAUAAAAUCGAUCACACAGCCAUGCAAUCUGCAUAGAGAAACAUUGGCAGUAGAAAUUCUAGAUGAUUCUGUGCUUCCAACUUUGUGGCAACCGUUUGGGGAAGGCCCUUUCCUGUUUCAGAAUGACAAUGCCCCCGUGCACAAAGCGAGAUCCAUACAGAAAUGGUUUGUCGAGAUCGGUGUGGAAGAACUUGACUGGCCUGCACAGAGCCCUGACCUCAACCCCAUCGAACACCUUUGGGAUGAAUUGGCACGUCGACUGUGAGCCAGGCCUAAUGUCCACGCAGAAAUGUUCCAACAUCUAGGGGAAAGCCUUCCCAGAAGAGUGGAGGCUGUUAUAGCAGCAAAGGAGGGGACCAACUCCAUAUUAAUGCGCAUGAUUUUGGAAUGAGAUUUUCGACAUGCAGGUGUCCACAUACCUUUGGUCAUGUAGUGUAUAAUUGGUUGAUUAAUUUAUUGAUUGACCUAUCAGAGUCUCCAGGUCCACUUGAGCAGCACCCAGGGUCCAAUAGAAGUCUUCCUGUGCUCUGAUGAUCACGCCCCCUCCUCCCCGCUGAAAAACAACUCGACGCUGAACGGAAAUGGACAUCCCCCCUCAUCUUCAUCGUAUGUCAAUGGAAACUCCUCAUCCUUCCUCAAGGUGUCACAAGGUGAGCCCAUAGACUCAGAUAGACAUCGCGUCAUUGUAUCUGUCCCGUUUAUGACGUCUGUGGGCACGGGCAGCACCAUUGAGGCCAUCUCCAUUUUGAAGUAGUCCGUUUUCUUCUUCCAAUACUUACGAGUUGGCAAACAAACUGAAAGGGUGCGUACUGCCACCUGUAGUUUUUGAGCAGGUAUAAAGCCACGGUGUACUUCCGCCUACAGCUAUGGAGUGUUUGCUGACAAGUAUAAUUAUUUGGCUGAUCCCUCCUGUUCACCUGGCUGGAAUCAUGUGAUCUUUCCUUAAAACGCAUUUGAAGUCGCGCCCAGUUGACUACUUCAAAAUAAUCAAAGUCCUCAAUGGUGCUGCCCAUGCUUAAACAGAGUCCUAGAGUCCUCUCUAUCUAUCUCUAUGGGUGAGCUAAACCUUGAGACCUAAUUCUGUGGUGGGUUGGUUAUUUGGGUGAACUAUUUUCUUUCUUUCACUCACUCUGUUUUUCUCCCUCUUGCUCUCUACCCAUCUCUCACCAGAGGGUAGUAACUCCGCCGGUGACUCCAGUAACGGUUUAUCCAACGCCCUGUCCAGGCUCCCAGCAUGCUCAGCGGUGACGGUCACUCCUGUCUCCCCCCUGCCCUCCUCCCUCUCCUCCCUCCUCCCCCUCCAGGACGUCGACCAGGAGCCCUUCAUCCCCCUCUCCCCCUCCCUGCCCCUCUCCCCCGGGGGGGAUGACUACCUGCUCAGCCUGGGGGAAGACGAAGGCAUCAGCGACCUGUUCUCCUACGAUCUGGACCGGCUUCCACUAGACGAUCUGCUCUGUAAUUGA